AUGGCCGCUCCCAUCUCCAAAGAUAUUACUAAUCUAGUUGGAAAAUGGAGACUGAACAGGAAGCUAUCUGACGAUCCAGAUGCAGUGUUCGCUUUGCAAGGUGUACCCUGGAUUACACGCAAGGUUCUCCGUUUCGCCAACCUUUCUUUGGAAAUCACCCAGUCGGUUUCGUUGUCGGAUACAAGCAGCGAAAGCGCCACCGACUCCUCUUCGGACAUCGGUUCGGUCACGACCAUGCAUGUGAAACAAGUUGUUCAUCCGGGUGGAUUCAACAGUGAGACAUCUUGCCCUCUGAACGGAGUUGGACAGGACAUGUCAUUGCCCAUUUUUGGAGACAUCACAAUGCAACUGCGGUACAUGAACACCGCGACCAUCAUGGACGACGAGCUGCGCAACGCGUUCGAAGAAGGCUGCUCUUCCAAUUUGGUCAUUGAUGAGGAAGCCUACAAUACUAAAAUGGAUUGGACUGCGCGUGUUUUCUGGGGGUUUGAGAUGAUCGAUGGGAAGAGGUAUUUCACCCGGCAUGCGACGACGAAGAAGGGGUCGAAGAAUGAUGGAAUAGUUACUGCGCGGAUGGUGUAUGAUUAUGAGACUCAGUGA